UAUUAGGUAUUACGCAAGAUGAUCCCAUGAAUAAUAAUAAUUAUUAAAAUUUAUACUUUUCAUCAAUUACUCACCUUAAAACAUGCCGAGAUAACAAGCUGUAACAAAAACAACAAUCAUUGAUAAACUCGCAGACAGUUAUUACAUCAUAUAUGACAGGUGUCAGUUUAUAGGUUAGCUUUAGGACUCAAACAAAUUUUGAAUAAUCUCAAUUUAUUUAUUAAAUAAUCGCACAUUUAAGAUGAAAUCAUUCAUUUUCUUAACGUUUAUCGUUUAUUUAUCCAUCACGAAAGCAGAAUGGGUUGACCCCCAUAGUAUGGACACUAAAUCGAAACAUAAGAUUCCAACUCGCUCCGAAAGUCUAGAUCUCGAAACCCGAAAACGUUACAAUUCUGGGAAAACACACUGCGAAGCUGAUUUACAUUUAAAAAGAAUUGUGCGUUUAAUUUUGAGUAAUGCCUAUCUGGACGAUUUGGUGGGUUACCACGAGGGUUACUUGAAUAUUAAAUUGACGACACAUGAGCUUCAAUUUUUGAUGAAUUUUUCCCAAAGUAGUGACAUUGGUGAUAACACAAUUAGUGAAAUAAGUUCGAUUUUUGAGAAUGCAUUACAAAAAACGACCUAUGAUAGAUAUGAAGGGAUUGUUUUAUCAACACAGGAGAAAUUGUAUUAUUUGAUUUUUAACCCAACUUCGGGGGCCCUUGGCGCCACCUGCAUUUUUUUAUUUAUAAUUUAUAAGUUGCUUAGGGCACAAUUUACGUGGAAGUCUAUAGUGAAGUAUUUUGUUUUUUUGAUGUACAUAAUGGAUUUUACAGUCACAUAUUUAAGUAUUUUACACGAAGAAGAAAUUGAUAAUUUCGUAGCACUGAAAAAGAUGGGGACGGUUCCGCCUGAAUGUGAUCCUAAAAACAUGUCAUGGGGUAAUUACUUCCAAACACAAUUGCAAUCAAUUUUCUGGGAGAAUCCGUGCAAAGCGUACUAUAAGAUCACGUAUCAAAAUUUAAAAUACUUUGUGGCCCCUUCUAAGGUGCUCACAAAACAAUUUCGGACACUUAUCGUCGAGCCCGGGGGCGACAUUGGUGAAGCGUUUGGAAAGUUUGGUCGUGGCAUGUUCACAAAACUUCCCUGGGGUCUCAAUGUAGUUCUCUUCCCCAUAAUGUUGAUAACAUCAUGCGUUUUCAUUUUCAUAAUUUUUCUCUUCAUAACUAAACCUCAUUUUAAAUUAAGUUUAUUUCAUUUAUUUUCAAUCGAAUUGGGGCAACCCGUGAGACACGAGGUACCAACAUUAAGAGGAAACGACACCAACACAAGACAAAUUGCUGGAGCGAGGCGGAGGCGAGUUAGAAAUCAGGGGAGAGAGGUAGGACAUAGAGCCUUAGUGGAAGACGUUUCAAAUGAUAAAAGUUCAAGUUCUGGUAAAAUAAGCCCAAAGGAGAGCCCCCAAAAAAUCCAAAGUGCCUCAGAAAGCAAGUCGCCCAUCAAGGACUAAAAUUUCGCAAUUACCAUCAUUGAUUACCUACUGCUUAACUUUUUUAUUAAUCCUUGACUGUCGAAUAUGGUUGUGUUAAUAUUUUCUCUCUUUUUUAUAAAAAUAAAUGUAUCAAAAAUAAUACUGAUUUUUGCGAAAAUGUAUUUUGAAACUUGGAAUAAAUUUUUUACUCUGAA